AUGAUAUUUUCUUGUAGGCAUGAAUCAGAAUUUAUAGAAGAUAUUGCUAAGAAGAUAUCAGUGAAAUUAUGUCAGACCUAUACUGUUGUUCAUGAUGAGCUGAUUGGAAUUAAUUUACGUUUGGAGGAGUUGUACUCGAAAAUAGACAUUGGGGAAGAUGAUGUUCGCAUUAUAGGAACCUGUGGAAUGGGUGGCAUCGGUAAGACGACUCUUGCAAGAAUUGCUUAUACUCAAAUGUCACCUCAUUUUGAAGGUAAAACCUUUCUUGCUGACGUUCGAGGAGUUUCAGAUAAAUGUGGACUUGUUUCUUUACAGAAACAACUUCUUUCCCAGAUCUUGCUUGAUGAAUGCUUCAACUUUUUUAAUGUUCACGAAGGGAGUGCCAUAAUUAGUCAUAGAUUGUCUCACAAAAAGGUUCUUAUUGUUCUUGAUGAUGUUGAUAAUAUACAACACUUGAAAUGCUUGGUUGGAAAGCGUGAUUGGUUUGGUUUAGGGAGUAGAAUCAUUGUAACGACAAGAGAUGAACAUUUGCUUCGAUCUUACCGAGUUGAUGAUGUGUAUAAGCCUACAACAUUGAAUCCUGAUGAUGCCCUUAGGCUUUUUAAUUGGAAAGCUUUUGAUAGUGAUUCAACGCCGAAAGAUGAUUUCAUUGAGCUUUCUGAACAUGUUCUACAGUAUGCUAGUGGUCUCCCCUUAGCUCUUGAAGUUUUGGGUUCAUUUUUGUGCGGUAGAGAUGGAGCUCAAUGGAGAAGUGCAAUCAAAAGACUUAAACAAAAUUCUAACAAAGAAAUUCUCGAUAGACUUCGAAUUAGCUUUGAUGCGUUGGAAGAAUGCGAAAAGAACAUAUUUCUAGAUAUAGCAUGCUUCUUCAAUGGAGAGGAGAAAGAUUUUAUAAUGAAAGUAUUGGAUGGUUGUGAGUUUUUCCCACAUAUUGGAAUAAAUGUUCUCAUUAAGAAAUCUCUCAUAAAAGUCGAUGAGCACAAGCGUUUGUGGAUGCAUAGCUUGAUACAAGAAAUGGGAAGAAAAAUUGUUAGGGAAAAAUCUGUUGAUGAACCUGGAAAACGUUGCAGACUAUGGGAGGAAAAAGACGUCCAUCAUGUCCUAACAAAAAACACGGUUAGUCAUUUAACAAAAAUUACAUACUAA